GUCAACUAGUAGGUCAGUACAACAGAUGAACCUUCUCUGGCUGCUUUCAUUGGCUGUUGUUGCCGCGCAACACUGCGAUAAGCCCUGCCCCAUUAAAGAUAACCCCGGAUGUGCCAGGAGGGACGGAAAAUGCUAUUACACCGUUCGCAAUCCGUGUAUUUUGGAGGCUAUCAACUGUUAUCGGAAAUCAAGGGACUUAUCUGCUCUGAUACCCGUUUCUCGCAACAGGUGCACUAAAAUGCAAACUCCAGUAUGUGAGAAUAUUGAUACAUCUUGAACUAGUUUACGAGGGAGCUCUAAAAUAAAGUAAUAGUUUACCCUACCAAACGGAA